GUUGUAGUUCCGGAAGCCAAGUCGGGGCGCGCGGCGGCAUGUGGCCCCGAGUGCUGCUGGGGGAGGCCCGGGUGGCUGCGGGCGGAUAUGGUGCUGUCUUGUCUCGCUUUGCCGUGCGUUUCUCCCCGCCAUGUACUGCUGGGAGCGGCUCACCCCUGCAGAGGAGCCUGCAUGGGACUGCUACGCGAGCUUUCCCGCUCAUCCCUAUAGUUGUGGAACAGACGGGGCGAGGCGAGCGCGCUUAUGACAUAUACUCGAGGCUCUUGCGGGAACGCAUCGUGUGCGUCAUGGGCCCGAUUGAUGACAGUGUCGCCAGCCUGGUCAUCGCCCAGCUGCUGUUCUUACAGUCUGAAAGCAACAAGAAACCCAUUCACAUGUACAUCAACAGCCCAGGUGGCGUGGUGACUGCGGGCCUGGCCAUCUACGACACAAUGCAGUAUAUUCUGAACCCCAUCUGCACGUGGUGUGUUGGACAGGCUGCCAGCAUGGGCUCCCUGCUGCUUGCCGCUGGCAGCCCGGGCAUGCGCCACUCGCUGCCCAAUUCCAGAAUCAUGAUCCACCAGCCCUCCGGAGGGGCCAGGGGCCAAGCCACAGACAUCGCCAUCCAGGCAGAGGAGAUCAUGAAGCUGAAAAAGCAGCUAUAUAAUAUCUACGCCAAACACACCAAGCAGAGCCUGCAGGUGAUCGAGUCGGCCAUGGAGAGGGACCGCUACAUGAGCCCCAUGGAGGCCCAGGAGUUUGGCAUCUUGGACAAGGUCCUGGUCCACCCACCUCAGGACGGGGAAGAUGAGCCGGAACUGGUACAGAAGGAGACUCCUACAGCACCGGCCGAUCCUCCUGCCCCGGCGAGUACCUAGGGCCUGACCUCAUCUCCAGAAGUGUGGAGACCCAGGACUGCCCACACUUCCUCUGCCGAGCCCAGAGGUAUCCCUGGAGAAGAUGUGGAUUGAGGCUGCCCUCCUGCCUGAGACACUGUGACUUUAAAUUAAACCUUUAUGGUCUUUGUCCCA